AUGACGCCGUCAUCACGGAGCUCGAACAGAGAGCUGGACCGCACACGGUCGCAGAACGGCUACGGCGUGUCGGACGAGCAGCGCGGCGAGAAGGCGGCGUUGGAGGCAGGACAGCCGGAGAAGGACCCGUAUGAAGUUGGCUGGGAUGAUGGGGAUAACGAUCCGCUGUGUCCUCGGAGCUUUAACAAGGCGCGCAAGUGGCUGAUUGUGCUCAUUUGUGCGUGUGGAAGUCUUACCGUGACAUGCGCUAGCUCGAUAUACACCUCGACUUACGUGCAGAUGGAGGCCGAAUUCCACAACGUGCGUGAAGUUUCCGACCUCGGCCUAUCGACAUUCGUCCUGGGCAUUGCCGUUGGCCCCAUGCUCCUGAGUCCCCUGAGCGAGUUCUACGGCCGCCGGCCCAUCUACCUGGUGUCGUGGAGCAUGUAUCUCAUCUGGCUGAUACCCUCGGCCGUGGCCAAGAACAUCGCCACCAUGAUUGUAGCUCGCUUCUUCGACGGCCUGGCGGGCAGCACCUUUCUUACGGUGUCUGGCGGCACCGUGGGUGAUUUGUUUGGGAGACACGAGUUGCAGCUGCCCAUGGCAGUAUUUAGUAUUGCGCCCUUUGUCGGGCCUGCUCUCGGGCCUCUUUUGGGAGGCUUCAUCAACUACUUUACGCAUUGGAGGUGGACGUACUAUGUCCUGCUCAUCUGGGCUGGCGUCAUGUGGGUUGCAAUCGUUCUCCUGGUGCCGGAGACAUAUCACCCAAUAUUGCUCAGAAACAAGGCUCGCAAGAUGAGAAAGGACACGGGCGACGACCGGUGGUUGGCCCCCUCGGAAAAGACGCAAAAGACAGUAGUCCAAGCCAUAAGCACCUCCUUGCAGCGGCCCUUUCAGCUGCUCAUUUUCGAGCCCAUGUGCCUCAGCCUGUGCAUCUUCACCGCCAUUCUUCUGGGCAUCCUGUACCUCUUCUUUGGCGCAUUCCCCCUCGUCUUCGCGACGAAUCACGGCUUCAACCUGUGGCAGAUUGGCCUUACUUUCCUGGGCAUCGGCGUGGGCAUGAUCCUCGGCAUGCUGUCGGACCCGGUGUGGUUCCGCAUCCGCAUGAGGCUCAUGGCCAAGCUGGAGCAGGAGACUGGCGUGCCGGGCGGCAGCGAGCCCGAGUUUCGGCUGCCGUCGGCCAUCGUGGGGUCCGUUCUGGUGCCUAUUGGCAUCUUCAUGUUUGGGUGGACGACGUACUCCUCUGUGCAUUGGAUCGUGCCCAUCAUUGGGUCGGCUAUCUUUGGAUUGGGGUGAGUCUAUCUUAAGCCACGGUGACGCAGCGUUGCGAAUAGUGGGAUCCUGCUUCUUGAAACCACCCUCCUUCUUCCUACCCCCCUCGGUCAUUUCCCCGUUUUGCUCUCAGUUGCAGGAGCAGUACCUGUUUCCCUUUGAAAAGUAACCCCCCUCAUUGGACCUUGAUUCGGUGGCUGACUCUGGAUAUUCUUUUGUAGCAACCUACUCGUAUUCACCAGUGUCUUUACGUUUCUGGUAAGUUUUUUUCAUCCGCAGGAUUCCUGACUCAUGCCAGACUAAUUUCAGCAACACGUACUGACUGAUGGAUUGUUUAGGUCGACGCCUAUCCCAUGUAUGCCGCCAGUGCCCUUGCCGCCAACGCAUUUGUGCGCUGUUCAUUCGCAGGUACGCCAAGUCAAUGAGCUGUUAGGCUUUGUAGGAAGCUGUGACGUGAUGCUAACUUGAUGGUCUUGCAGCUGUGUUCCCCCUAUUCGGUACACAAAUGUAUAACAAGCUUGGAUUCCAGUGGGCGUCGUCGCUACUAGCGUUCCUAACCGUGGCCAUGAUGCCGUUCCCGUACCUCUUUUUCAGAUACGGCAAGAAGAUUAGGAGCAAGAGCAGAUUUGCCAAGUCUUAGGAGGCGGCUACUUGCUCUUCCUGUGAAUUUGGAGGUGGCUUGAAGGGGGAGGACAAGCGGGGAGGUGUACGAUGCAUCGUAAUCGUACCUGUAUGGGAGGGUAAUACUAACACCAGGACAUUCUGGGAUAAUUCAUUAAUGAGGCGU